GAUGCUCAGUGAAGGUUUGUUGAGUGAAUGAAUGAAUGAAUACCAGAAAGACAAGGGUCAGGAGCCAAAUAGGAAGUCUGAGGGGCCGAGGCAGCCCUUCGAUCCCUGGCGCACCACCCCGCGCGCGCCAGCCGAGGCAGGGCCGAUGCAGCUCCGGCUGAGGACCAUGAUGGCAGAGGAGGGUUCUGGCUGCCCGGUGCCCCGCCUGCUCUGGGCGUCCAUCCAGAGGGUUGCUCUGCCGGUCUUCAUCCUGGCCGGCGUGAUCGCUGUGGUAUACUGCUUCUUGUGCCAGCGCCCUGCGCAGCAGCGGCAGCUCGAGUCACCUGGGUGGGAUAUGGCUGAGCUCCAGCUGAACUACACAGGUCGGCGGCGAGAUGGCAGGUUACGCUGGCUGGGAGGCCCCGCCCUGGGCCGCUCCUUCGUGCACGGCCCCGAGCUGGACAACGGGCAGCUGCGUGUGCGACGCAGUGGCAUCUAUAGGCUGCACAUCCAAGUGACACUGGCCAACUGCUCGUCCUCCCUGUGGGCCACCACGCGCCACAGGGCCACCCUGACGGUGGGCAUCUGCUCCCCGGCAGCCCACAGCAUCAGCCUGCUGCGUCUCAACUUUCACGAAGGCUGUGUGGUCACCUCUCAGCGCCUGACACCACUGGCCCACGGGGACACGCUCUGCACCAACCUAACCCUGCCCCUGCUGCCAUCCCCAAACGCUGAUGAGACCUUUUUUGGGGUUCAGUGGGUGCACCCCUAAUUAUUGCCCCUCCUGACCCAGAUCUAAUAAAAAUGCUUUCUUUUUU